AUACCUCACAGGAAACCUGGAUUUUUGCCGACAGCAUUGCCCAUUGAAGAAGCGAGUAGUAUUACCGAUGUGCCUACGAAUGGUCAUGGUUAUAUACAAUUCCAAAUCGAUGAAGAAACGCCCAGAGAGCAUGUCCUCUUGCCUCAGGCAGAGGAAGCCAAUGCCAAGAAGAAUACAGUGAAUGAGGUGCUCUCUAGUCUCUUUCCCGAUGGUUUCUCGAACAUCUUUCGCUUCAGUGGCAGCGAGCCAAACAUAGAAACAUCCUCGGAAGCGCCCACAACCACACCAACCACACCAACCACACCAACCACAUCAACCACUACCAAUAAAGCUGUGGUGCGUGCCACAACCGUCGAGACACCGAGCACCACAACAAACUCCCCCAAAAAUGACACCUAUUACACCUACCAAACCACAGUCACCAAGGAGUAUCGCCGAGAGGUGCGACCAGGACAUACACAAAUUGUGGUUGAGCGGAUUAGCAGUGCGGAGAGGAAGCCGGUCAGGGAGGGCAGCAAUCACAUAUCCAGGGAUGAGCUGCUGCGCAUCAAUCGCGCCGCAGUGGCAUCACCAGUGCUGCCAAGUUUGCUGCUGCAACCAGAGAAUGAGGACAAUGAGACUCUCGUCGCUGCCGAGAGUGCACCCAUUGUCAUUCUGGGCGAGCAGGAAAUCGACCUGGACGAUGGACAAAGCAUUGAGGACAAUCAGAUAGCAGAGACACGUCAUAUGGAACAGCACCUGUACCAGCAACGAUUGCCAGCACCGAUGCCCGGGUCAGAGCCUUCCUCCCCACAAAUCGAGAGCUAUAGUCAGCAACACGGACCUGCCGAGAAUCAACACAUCAAUGUGCGUAUUGCCCAUAAUGAGUUACCGGAUAAAGCGGAGGAUAAGCAAGGGACACAGCCACAGCAGGCUUUUGAUCAAUAUCAAGAUCAGAACGAACGGCAAUUCCAGGAAAUUAGUAAUCAUCAAGGUCAGGAGGCACCUUCAAGACAGUUCCUGAAAACCUUUAAGCCCAUGGUGUCCGGUAGUGCCGAAGGACCCAUACCCAAGGGUGUCUUUCAUUACGAGUCCAACAGUCCACCGCAGCGACAAAACUGGAAGCCCCCAAAGGAAGCUGACUAUGCCAAUUCCUUUGAAAGACCUGCUGCCCAAUUGGCUUAUCAACGGGAGCUAAAGCAGAGUACAAGUUCCAAGUUAAAUACCCAGGCAAUUGCUUCUCCAUCUAAAGAUGACUCCAGCUAUGCUGGUCCCACACCCAACAGCCUGCUCUACGUUACAAUCAACUCACCCAACCCGCCGACAUCCUCUCCUGCCAGCCACGAGGCAGAGAAACCUCUGCUGCCCAGUCCUCAUGACUACGUCUCAGAGGCGGCUGCUGAGCCCUCCCAGCAUCAUGUACAGCACGUUCCCUCACCUAAAGAAAAUCUUGGCUCAUACUCUCAGCCCGAGACUCAACUCUUGGUUAAGCCCAAUGGCUAUACCUUUGUGGAGGUUCAGAAAUCGGUGAACAUUCACAAUAAACUCAUUACUGAAAAGGACGGCCGUUUGGUGGAAAUGCAUGAGACCAUUUACCAUCCGCCGCCCUAUCAACAGAAUCACUUUUCUCUGGGUUACAGUCCCAAGGAUUAUGUAGCUGCUGCAUCACCAGAAGUGGGACACGGAUCGACAUCGUCAUCAACAUCGUCUCACUCACCUUCUGAAAACUAUGUUUCCCUGGCCACAAAUCCCAUUCAUGUUGAGCAGGUUGAAUAUGAGAAUUCACACCAUGGAACAAUCAAUCAUGAUGCUGCUCCAGCUUCUACAGUUUCACAGCAUGCCGUUCCUCAUUCCCCGCCAGUUGCAGUUGGAGAACAGCAUUCACCUCAACCUUAUACUCUUAAUAUUGAGAAAAUCAUCGAUCGACCGGUUAAGGAAGUUGUGGAGAAGCACAUUCAUGUACCUUAUGCUGUUCCCCAACCGGUUGCUGUGCCAGUUCAUGUGGAGCACUACGUGGAUCGUCCCUAUCCCGUAGAAACCAUUGUCGAGCAGCCCGUUCCCUAUCCCGUCGAAACAAUUGUGGAGAAGAUUGUCGAGAAGCGAGUGCCUGUCGAAGUGGAACGCAUCGUGGAGAAGCCCGUGGAGGUUGAGAAGAUUGUGGAGAAGUAUGUGGAUCGUCCAAUGGCCAUACCGAUUCAUGUGCCCGUCGCUAUUCACAUGCCAAUGCCACCAAAUCAUUCCCCCGGCUUCAACUUUGCAUCCCAUCCCAAUGCCUUGAAUCCCUGGUCGCAUGCCUCCAUUGCCCACAUUCCGCCCAAGGUGCUGCAGAAUUAUUACACGCGCAUGUUGAAGAAGUUGUUGCCCCAAAUCAUGGCUCACAAAACACCAGCGAAGGCAACGCACCUGAAGCCCCCAACCAAACCUGUUCAUGGUGAGGCGCCCAAGGUGGCCACCUUUAGUCUGGCCGACAUGCGGUUCGAUCUGCGACCGCCGCCUCCACCUCAGGGCUCCGCUUGGCUGCAAGGUGCCCGCUACAUUUACAACACGCUGCCGGAGGACUUGUCCACAGCAGCUGCCUCGGCACCUGUGCACAUGGUCAAGUCCUACAUUGGCCCGGUGCCGACGACCAGCACGAGCAAUGAGAACAACGGCAACGACUUUGACGAGUUUCAACGCUGGCGCAGUGGUCACUCCCUGAAGCGUAGUCCCGACUUUGGCCGUAAUCUGCACAUGGAAUACGGAUUUAAGCCGCCUCUGGUGCCAUCGGUCGAGAUCGACGACAAGGGAAUGCCGCUAAAACAGCCGGAGACGGAAGUACAAUGAUGUUGCAAAGUGGAAAUGAAAAGCGUGCCAAAAUAUACAGUUAUAGUUUUUAUUAUUUAUGUAAAAUAUUACAAAGCACAUUUAAUAAAUUUAUAAAACAAUAUUGUAA